AUGGUCGAACUGCCCCUAGUUCCGCACCAGGCCCCUUACGUGCACCACUGCACCACCCUCGAUGGAGAGGGUCUGGAUGGGCUGGUGGCAAGUUUUGCGAAGCUGGCAGUCGACGACUCGCCUCCUCCCUCUGAGGGCGACGACAACGCAGAGGAAGAAGAGCACGACCUUGGGCUCUGGUGGUCGCCACCGUCGUCCCCUCAGCAGCCCAAGCGUCCGAUCGUCACCGAUUCGUUCUGUCUGAGGGCAUGGGUGUCCGCUUAUAUACAAGACAAGGGGGAGCCGAGGUAG